AUGCCCCAGGGUCCAGACCCCACCGGCUUCCGCUGCUACUGUGUGCCAGGCUUCCAGGGCCCACGCUGCGAGCUGGACAUCAAUGAGUGUGCAUCCCGGCCAUGCCACCACGGGGCCACCUGCCACAACCUGGCAGAUCGCUACGAGUGCCACUGCUCCCUUGGCUACACAGGCUACAGCGGAGAGCGGUGCGAGGUGGACGAAGACGAGUGUGCCUCGAACCCCUGCCAGCAUGGGGGCCAGUGCCUGCAGCGCUCCGAGCCAGCCCUCUAUGGGGGCACCCAGUCCACCUUCCCUGGUGCCUUCAGUUUCCGCCACGCAGCUGGCUUCCUGUGCCGUUGCCCACCAGGCUUUGAGGGGGACGACUGCGGUGUGGACGUGGAUGAGUGCGCCUCACAGCCCUGCGUCUCCGGAGGCCGCUGCCAGGACCUGCCCAAUGGCUUCAAGUGCCACUGCCCUGAUGGAUACACAGGCCUGACAUGCCAGGAAGACGUGGACGAAUGCCUGUCGAAGCCCUGCCUCCAUGGUGGCACCUGUGAUGACACCAUAGCGGGCUACAUCUGCUGGUGCCCAGAGAGCUGGGGUGGGCACGACUGUUCUGUGCAGCUCACCGGCUGCCAGGGCCAUACCUGCCCACCAGCUGCCACAUGCAUCCCCAUCUUUGAGUCUGGGGCCCACAGUUAUGCCUGCCACUGCCCUCCAGGUACCCAUGGACCUUUCUGUGGCCAGAACACCACCUUCUCCGUGGCAGCUGGGAGUAUGGUGGAGGCAUCCGUGCCAGCAGACAGCCCCCUGGGGCUGAGCCUGCGGUUUCGCACCACGUUGCCUGCUGGUAGCUUGGCCACUCGCACGGACACCCAGAGCAGCCUGCAGCUGGCUCUGGUGGGGGCCACACUUCAGGCCACACUCAGGAGCCAUGGUGUCACUGUGCUCAUCCUGAGGUUGCCAGAGCUGGCCCUAAACGAUGGCCACUGGCACCGGGUGGAAGUGACACUCCACCUUGGGACCUUAGAGCUGCGGCUCUGGCACGAAGGCUGCCCUGCCCGCCUCUGUGUGGCCUCUGGUCCUGCAGCCCUAGCGCCGAGCUCUUCAAUCGCUCUGUCGCCUGCCGGACUCUGCUCCACCCAGCUGGGAGGUGCGGCCUUUGCCGGCUGCCUCCAGGAUGUACGUGUGGAUGGGCGCCUCCUGCUGCCGGAAGUGCUUGGCAAGCAUGUCAUGCAGGGCUGCCAGCGCCAGGAACAGUGCCAGCCUCUGCCUUGUGCCCAUGGAGGGGCCUGCACGGACUUAUGGACUGACUUCCAUUGUGACUGUCCUCGGCCUUACAGUGGCCCCACAUGCACUGAUGAGGUUCCUGCUGCCACCUUUGGCUUGGGGGGCACUGUGAGCUCUGCUGCCUUCCUGCUCCCUGCGCCCCCUGGCCCCAAUCUCACAGUGUCCUUCCUCCUCCGCACCCGGGAGCCUGCGGGCCUGCUGCUCCAGUUUGCCAAUGCCUCGGCCACCGACCUGACAGUGUUCCUGAGCGGGGGGCAGAUUCAGGCCGAGGUGCCAGGCCAGCCUGUCCUGGAGCUGCCUGGACGCUGGAAUGAUGGGCUUCGCCACCUGGUGACGCUCAGCUUUGGGCCUGACCAGCUGCAGAACCUGGGGCAGUGGGUGCAUGUGGGGGGCAGGCUUCUCCCUGCUGACUCCCAGCCCUGGGGUGGGGCUUUCCGAGGCUGCCUCCAGGACCUGCAACUCAACGGCCACCACCUUCCCUUCUUCCCACGGUCGGUGGCCAACUCAAGUGAGGCCAGCACAGUGGGCGGCGGGCAGACCUGGAACCUCACUGAGGGCUGUGUCUCAGAGGACACGUGCAGUCCCGACCCAUGUCUCAAUGGUGGGACAUGCCUGGUCACCUGGAAUGACUUCCAUUGUACCUGCCCUGCCAACUUCACAGGGCCCACAUGUGCCCAGCAGCUGUGGUGCCCUGGUCAGCCCUGCCUCCCACCUGCCAUGUGCGAGGAGGUCCCUGAUGGCUUCGUCUGUGUGGCUGAGACCACGUUCCUCGAGGGUCCACCUGCCGAGUUCAGUGGACACAACCUGUCCGCGGCACGCACUUUCGGCAGCCUCUCCCUGACCUUCCGUACGCCACGCUGCAGGUUGCCUGUCUUGCCAGAAGAAUGUGGCCUCAACGUCACCUGCCUUAAUGGUGGUCGGUGUGAGGUGGGGCCCUGGGGCUCUAACUGCAGUUGUCAGGAGGGCUUUGCUGGCCGGAGGUGUCAGAUCCCUCCCCUCCCCUGUGAUGCCAACCCCUGUCUGAAUGGGGGCACCUGCCGGGCAGCUGGUGGGGAGUAUGAAUGUAUCUGCGGCACCACCUUCUCGGGCCAGUUCUGCGAAGUGGUGAAGGGCCUGCCCCGACCGCCGCCGUUCCCCUUCCUGGAAGUGGCAGUGCCUGCAGCUUGUGCCUGCCUGCUGCUCCUUCUUCUGGGCCUCCUCUCAGGGAUCCUGGCAGCCAGGAAGCGCCGCCAGUCAGAGGGCACCUACAGCCCGAGCCAGCAGGAAGUGGCUGGGGCCCGCCUGGAGAUGGACAGUGUCCUCAAGGUGCCACCGGAGGAGAGACUUAUCUAGACAUGACUGUGGUUCCGGCGCCCACGGCCUCCUCUGUGGGCCAUUUGCACCUGGAGUCCCAAGGAGCCUGUGGAAAGUGGGUCACCCUUUCUGACCCUCUGGGAGCGGCUUCAGGUCCAGGACACCUGCUGGGGAAGUGCCCCCUUGCUGGCAGCCCCUCCUUCGGCCCCACUGGGGACUGAAGAAAGAGGGUAGCUCAGGGUAGCAGCGCCGGCCAGGCGGGGUCCGGGCAUCACCAUCAGACCCACCAAGUUCUGCCUGGGCAGGUGACAGGUGGGGCACACGUGAGCCCGCACAUGCAUGCUCCAGUGUAUGUGAGCAUCUGGAUUGGGGGUGUAUGUAUGUCUGUGAGCAGGUAGGUCUGCACUGACCUGCGAGCUCUUGGCAGGGCUUGAGGUGUGGCCACACCUUUGGUGUGCAUGUGUGUGGGUGGGAGAUUGUGACUGUGUAGUGGCAGUCCCACGGAGGAGGUGGCUGCCCUCCGGGGCAACCUUCACCACUUGGGGGCAAGGGCAGUCCAAGACUAGGCAUUCUCCAGGGGGUCAGGCCAGGGCUUGGCCGGCCACGAAGGCCCCUGCUCCCGAGUUUUCACUCUAGGCUGCCAUCAGAGGCAGGGGGAACCCCUGGUGCGUGGAACUGGUUUCUUGCGGACCAGUCUGGGCUCUGGGCUCGUUACUACCUCCAAGCCUGGGAAGGGCAGCCCCUGCCUACCUCACAGGGCUGUUGUGAGGGCCAGAAAGACCAACAAUGAGAAAGAACCAGGAAGUCGCUCAACCCUGAUCUGAUGUGAA